AUGCCCGUCUACUCUGUCUCCCACGUGGAGAACGUGCGUAUCUGUGUCAUCAUGGUCGGGUUGCCCGCCAGAGGUAAAUCUUUGAUUGCACAAAAAAUCGUCCGCUACCUCUCGUGGCUUCUGAUCAAGUCGAAGUGUUUCAAUGUCGGAAGUUACCGAAGAGUUUUGGAGCCUAAUGUAGUCACUGCAGACUUUUUCGACCCAGAUAAUGAGUCGGGCAUGAAGGUGCGCUUGGAGGCCGUCAACCAGGCCACUAAAGAAAUGAUGCAAUGGUUCGUCGAGGAAAAUGGCGUGGUGGGUAUUAUCGAUGCAACUAACCUGACACGUGAACGCCGUGCUGGCUUGCUUCGUUUAUGUCGUGAAAACUCCAUUGAGCCAAUCUUCUUGGAGAGUUGGUGUGAUGACCAGGACCUCAUAUUGCAGAAUAUUGCCGAUGUAAAGACGACUUCUCCGGAUUACAAGGAGAUGGACCUGGAAAUUGCUACCCAAGACUUUCUAAAGCGGAUUUCUCAGUACGAGCGCAACUACCAGACUAUGAAUGUCGAGGAUGAGGGUGCUCUCACCUUCAUUAAGCUCGUCAAUGUGAGCUCGCAAAUUAUUGUCAACCGUAUCGAAUCCUACUUGGAAUCACGUAUUGUCUACUACGUUAUGAACUUGCACAUCAAGCCAAGAUGUAUCUGGUUGCUGCGGCACGGAGAGUCUGAGUACAACUUGACUGGUCAAAUUGGUGGAGACUCCAACUUAUCCGAGCGUGGUUGGAGAUACGCCAAGAGACUCCCCGAGAUUGUGCUCAAGCUGUUGGGUGAGGAUAAUCAGCACACAAACUUGACGGUGUGGACGUCAACGUUGAAGAGAACCCAACAAACCGCUUCAUUCUUACCCUACAAGAAGAAGUUGGAGUGGAAGGCACUCGACGAGUUGGAUGCGGGAGAAUGUGAUGCCAUGACUUACGAAGAGAUUGAACAAGAGUUCCCUGAGGACUUUAAGGCUCGUGACGACAACAAGUACGAGUACAGAUACCCAGGUGGUGAACUGUACCGAGAUAUUGUCAUUCGGUUGGAGCCUAUCAUCAUGGAGUUGGAGAGGCAGGAGAAUAUUCUCAUUAUUACCCACCAGGCAGUUUUGCGUUGCUUGUAUGCCUACUUCAUGAAUGUCCCUCAGGAAGAGAGUCCUUGGAUGCUGAUUCCUUUGCACACAUUGAUCAAGUUGGAGCCUCGGGCUUACUCGACCUUGGUAUCGCGUAUUAAGGCAGAUAUCCCUGCUGUCAGCACCUACAAAGAGAAAGGAACAUCCCAGUUAGGAGAGCUGGCUGGUAGCUCUCUCAAAUCGCGUGACAUCAUCAGCAACAGCAAGGAGUCAUGA